UGCAUUGAAAUUCUUCGAUUGCCAUUGCGGUUGGUCGUAGGAAGGGAGCGCGAAACCGGUGGUAGUGGCAUCCGUCAGAUAUGACGAAUUUGUACGAUCAACAUCGAAGCAACGAAGAGGCCUCGCCGUCCUUUUCCAGAACCGCCGAGGAUAAUUUAUCCAACAGUGACGGUCCGCUGAUCGUCGUUAAGAAACGUGACAAGGACUUUAAGCCCCCGAGACAGCCAAUGUACUCUUCGGGAAAAUUGCUGCAGCAGGACAGUUGGUACAAAAGUCGUGAUACCAACGAUAGCCAGUGCUCAAAGGACGAAAAAACAAGCCACCAAUGCGUUUGGAUGUUAACUCUUCUUUUGGCUGUUAUUGGCUUUUGCAACCUUCUUCUAAAUUUCACGAUUUUGAUAGUGCUGAGAGUAAGUCAAGGAAUGGAAGCUUUCGAAGUAAUUCCUGAACAGGAUUUGGUUAAAUUUUAUGGCAACACUGAUUUAGACAGAGUAUGCCUACAUAGAGGUAUUUGUGAAGGUUUUGGAGACGAGCCAAUUGAGCUUAUAGGUGAUGGCGGAGGGGUUCACAUUCAAGUAGCAAAUCGACAACACAGUAUGGCCUGGUCUAAUUUACAAAUACUUAAAAAUGGAACAUCGAUUUCUCAGAUUGAAUCCUUCCAAAUUAAGGAUCCCCGGAGUGGAUCACCGAUCUUUUCGACGGAGUUUCCAAACUUUGGCCUUCCACAAGGUGUACAAAAAAUUGAAGUCGGCGUUACUCAAACCCACAGGAUCGCGGCGCCUAAGAAGAGCGAUCUGUCUAUAAUAUCGGAUGAUUCUAUAUUCUUGCAUGGAGCGGAAGGCACAAGUUUCGACUCUAAAAAUAUUAUCUGGACAGCAAAAAAUGAUAUAUUUUUACGCAGUCGAAAUGGCGAUAUUGUCAUUGAUGCCAAAGAUAACAUUAAUUUACCGCAAAUUCCAAUAGCAUCAGCUUUUCUACCAAGUCCGUCGAAUGAUGUUCAGGAUCAAUAUAAAGUCUGUGUUUGCAUGCCAGAUGGGAAACUGUUCUUGGUGCCAAUGCAUAAAGGAAUUACAAAAAUUAACUGUGCGAAAAUUUCAAGAUCUAUGGAUAGUGAUCCAUGCGCUAUAUAAUAUACGUGACAAUAUUUUUAAACAUUUCUCACAUAGUCAGUAUUACAUAUCAUUAAUUUACAU